CACUGACUCAGUCACACUGAACUGCAGGGGCAGAGGAGCGGAGGCGACGCGCCGUGUCCGGCUGCAGCGAUCUCUACUCUCAGGGAAAAAUACGGAUUUAAAGUUGGCGGAUUGUGUAUUUGACUCCUGAAUUUGACGUGGGACAAGUUCGGCUCCCCCGUGGGAUAGUUUUGCUGCAUCUUGCGUGCUUUUGCUUGUGUUACACUUUAGUUUUCUGUACGCGUCUGUCUGUGGAUAUGGACAGGAGAGAGCCCGCUGCAGGGGAAGAAGACACGCCGGUGGAAACCUUCGUCUGAGUGGGGAUUUGAUGAAGCCCUGUCGGCCUUCUUGUGCUUGUUUUCACAGACUUGGAUUUAGAGACGCGGAACCAGGAUCUUUGAGUCGUAUUUCUCGCCAGACGCUCGGUUUCAACGACAACGCGGUGCGCGAAACAUGGAAACAGUAGCGCGACAGAGUUUCCAGCCUCACCCGGGACUGCAACAAACUCUCAAACAGUUUCACCUGAGCUCCAUCACCUCUCUCGGAGGACCGGCCGCUUUCUCGGCCAGAUGGCAACACGACCUACUCUUCAAGAAGGACGGCAAAGACGUCCCGGAGCCCGUGCUGCACCUCCCCCCCAUGCAGCCUGCUCCGGUGAUGCCCGGGCCGCUCUUCAUCCCGUCCGACCGCUCCACCGAGAGGUGCGAGACGGUCCUGGAGGGCGAGACGAUCUCGUGCUUCGUGGUGGGCGGCGAGAAGCGCCUGUGCCUGCCGCAGAUCCUCAACACGGUGCUGCGGGAUUUCUCGCUCCAGCAGAUCAACUCGGUGUGCGACGACCUGCACAUCUACUGCUCGCGCUGCACCGCCGACCAACUGGAGAUCCUGAAGGUGAUGGGCAUCCUGCCGUUCUCCGCGCCCUCCUGCGGACUCAUCACCAAGACAGACGCGGAGCGCCUAGGAAACGCGCUCAUCUAUGGGGGGACGUACCCGCCGCACUCCAAGAAGGAGCUGUACGGCUCCAUCGAGCUGGAACUCACCGAGAAGAGCUUCAAGAUCUAUCACGAGUGCUUCGGGAAGUGUAAGGGUCUGCUGGUCCCGGAGCUCUACACGAGUCCCAACGCGCCCUGCAUCCAGUGCAUGGACUGCAGGCUCAUGUACCCGACCCAGAAAUUCGUGGUGCACAGUCACAAAUCGCUGGAGAACAGGACUUGCCAUUGGGGCUUUGACUCGGCCAACUGGAGGGCGUAUGUCCUCCUGAGCCCGGAUUACACGGGGAAAGAGGAGAAAGCGCGUCUGGAGCAGCUCCUGGAUGACAUAAAGGAGAAAUUUGAUUUCGCCAAUAAAUACAAGCGGAAAGCAUCACGGGCGUCUGAUCCCAUUCCUGCCAAGAAGUCCAAACACGAUGACUUUCCAGCACAGUCGCCCUCAGGAGACAAAGACAAGCAACCUGAUUGGCUACGAUCCCUCUCUGCAUCAGCCAAUAAGGGGCUCAACUGCAUCCAGCCCAGACAGAGACCGUCUGCCUUCAGGCCAUGGUCUCCAAACAUCUCUGUUGGCGAUAAGGAGGGAGGCAGCAGACCUACUAGCAUGUUACGUGACAGCUUCUACAACUACAAGAGCCUGGAGAGCGCCGUGGCCCCCAACGUAGCUCUGACACCCCUCCAGAAAGGAGGGCAAGCCUCUCCUACUGCACCCAGCAGCUCACACCCACAUGGGGCGGAAAGCGAAGGUGCCAGCCGGGGGAGGAAGAGAAGGUUGACGGGUGAGACCCACCCCAGCCCACAGCCCUGCCCCUCGGCCACUGCCAGCAAGCCCCUGCCGCCAUCACAGGAGGAGCGAGACUCGGAUGUGGAGGUGGAAGUGGAGAGCCGUGAGGAAUUCACCUCAUCGCUUUCCUCACUCUCCUCCCCAUCUUUUACAUCCUCGAGCUCUGCUAAGGACUUGAGCUCUCCCUCCGGCCCUGGAGCCACCUUACCAGCAGUUCUGACGCCAGCCAGCGGGCCCCCAGAAGGUCCUCUGGUGUCUGGAGCGGAGGGACAUGCCAUGACGAACCUGGAGUCAGAGCUGGAGACGCUGAGGCAGGCACUUGACAAUGGCCUGGACUCAAAAGAGUCGAAGGAAAAGUUUCUACACGAGAUAGUGAAGAUGAGGGUAAAACAGGAAGAGAAGCUGGGAUCCGCCUUACAGGCCAAACGAAACCUCCAGCAGGAGCUGGAGUUUCUCCGUGUUGCUAAGAAGGAGAAGCUCCGUGAGGCAACCGAGGCGAAGAGGAACCUGCGCAAGGAAAUUGAGCGUCUGCGUGCUGAAAGCGAGAGGAAAAUGAGAGAGGCCAAUGAGUCACGCAUACGGCUGAAGAGAGAGCUGGAGCAGGCCAGACAGCUACGAGUGUGUGACAAGGGCUGUGAAGCCGGCCGUCUGCGAGCCAAGUACUCUGCACAGAUUGAAGACCUGCAAGUAAAGUUGCAGCACGCCGAGGCAGACCGAGAGCAGCUGAGAGCCGAUCUGAUGCAAGAGAGGGAGGCAAGGGAGCACCUGGAGAGAGUGGUCAAGGAGCUACAGGAACAGCUCUGGCCCAAAAGCCCCAGCAAGAACGGCACAGACGCACCACCCCCACCCGCCAAAGACUCCAACUAAUCCUCUAUUUCUUGACUCCACCCAAUCCACAUCAACACCGCCCUGAUUGACAGCACCAACCGCCCAAUCAUGUCAACUAGCAUGCGGGUGAACUCCCGCCCACCUGCCUCUUAGCCAGCGCAAAUCCGGAGGUGUCCUGAACAUUUUUUGAUGAAAUUUAGACACAUUUUUGAAAAAGGUUUAUUUUGAGAGCACUGAAAUGCACCUCGCCUCCAACCAGAUGUAAAAAAAAAUGCAAGUCCAUUCGGAAAGAAGCCAAUAGCACAAAAGCUAACUGUGCCUGAAACUGAAUACAUUUUGAAAUGAAGACUUUUCUAUGACAAAACAUUGGUAAUAAUGACGAAAAAUUUUACACAGCAAUUUUUAAGCAUGCUGUCCAGCCCACGUUGUUAUCGAAGGGACAAGGACUCAUCAUCAUCCCAUCAUUUCCUCUCUCGUUUUGAGGAGCUAAGACAAAAAUCACUUUGUAAUAAGCUAUUUAAGAGACUUGUUAGUGAGUGUGUAUGAGAUAAAAACUUCAGUGACUUA